AUGGAAAAACGUAAAAAAAAAAAAACUAGAGAGGCGUUGUCGGUAGAAUUCGAACAAAUCUCUAAUUCUGUUCGUAUCUAUCUAUCUAUCUAUCUAUCUAUCUAUCUAUCUAUCUAUCUAUCUAUCUAUCUAUCUAUCUAUCUAUCUAAUCUAUCUAAGUCCAUCUAUCUAUCUAUCUAUCUAAGUCUAUUCGCAUCUAUCUAUCUAUCUAAGUCUAUUCUCUAUUCGUAUCUAUCUAUCUAUCUAAGUCUAUUCGUAUCUAUCUAUCUAUCUAAGUCUAUUCUCUAUUGUUCUAUCUAUCUAUCUAUUCUAUCUAUCCUCCAUCUAAGUCUAUUCGCAUCUAUCUAUCUAUCUAAGUCUGUUCGUAUCUAUCUAUCUAUCCAAGUCUAUUCGUAUCCAUCUAUCUAUCUAAUCUGUUCGUAUCUAUCUAAUCUAUCUAUCUAUCUAAGUCUAUUCGUAUCUAUCUAUCUAUCUAUCUAUCUAAUCUAUUCGUAUCUAUCUAUCUAUCUAAGUCUAUUCGUAUCUAUCUAUCUAUCUAAGUCUAUUCUCUGUUCGUAUCUAUCUAUCUAUCUAAGUCUGUUCGUAUCUAUCUAUCUAUCUAAGUCUGUUCGUAUCUAUCUCCUCUGUCUGUUCGUAUCUAUCUCCUCUGUCUGUUCGUAUCUAUCUCCUCUGUCUGUUCGUAUCUAUCUCCUCUGUCUGUUCGUAUCUAUCUCCUCUGUCUGUUCGUAUCUAUCAUCUCUGUCUGAUCGUAUCUAUCUAUCUAAUUUGGAUAUCGCAAUUUUCUAUUCUUUUUCUGAAAAAGAUUCCGAAGGAACGGAUGGUGGCAAAAAUCCUUUUUUUUUUUCCCCCCCGUUUUUUACCUAA